AUGAACUUUCAGAACUCUCAGCUGUUUACUAGACCUGGGAGAUUUAUGAAGUUAGAUUCUUAUUGUAAUGCUGGAAUAAUUAAAAGUGCAAAUCUUGAAACAGAUGGUCUAGCACGACAUAACACUAUUAUUAAAAAAUACAACCAGUCUUCUAAAAUUGUGCGAAUUCCAAAAAAGGUGUUAAAAGAAUUUAAACAAACCUUAGUUUUUCUUAUUCACCAAAAACUCUCUAAUAAUUUUAAUCAUAUGGGACAUCAAAGUUUUCAUGUUCUUUGUUCAAAAAGUUUAUUUUUUGAAAUAUUUCGAGGCCACAUUCAUUAUUCCAAGGCUAAUGGACGAAAAUUCUAUAAGCAAAACCAACAAACCUAUAUAGUAAUUCGAGAAGAAUUUCAAUCACUUAAUAAAUCAAAUACGCUUAUGGUAGAGAAAUCUGAAAUGGAUAUUGAUCUACUUUUACAAUUGGUAGUGAAAAAAUCUCAAAAGCAACAUCGCAAGCCGAAGUUCACCUAUAGUGAGGUUUUAGUUGAAUAG